AAGUGAUAACGGGGUCACUACAUAUUAAUGAACGUAUCUUGUGUACAUUUGGCCACCAUUUCCGGAGAUACUCUAUAGAAAUGUGAAAUAUAGCACGCUAAAUCGUCCGUAAAGCAUUAUUUAUGGAUACGGUAUGGUUUAGAAAUGUGCUGAGGCCUUGAAGGGAUAAAGGCUAAAGAUGCAGAACCAUAGAAAUCAACUGUUGACUUCACCUGUACCGGAGGAUUUAUCAAAGCCCCGAGUACUAAUGAUCAACACAGGACAGAGGCGCCUUUCUGCAGACAGUUGUGGAACACCCGUACACACUCCAGUGAAUACUGUACCGCCACCCAAUGUACUGUCACAGAAUUGUACCCCAGUCCACACCCCAGUUAAUACUGUUCCUCCUCAUAAUCCUUUGUCAUCGAAUGGUACCCCUGUACAUACACCAGUUAAUACGGUGCCACCACCUAACCCACUUUCAAACAAUAAUAAUGCAUUGUCUGCUGCAGUGGCUUAUCAGUUACAACAGCAACAACAACAGCAACAACAGCAGCAACAGCAGCAACAGCAUCACCAACAACAACAAAGCUAUAUAGCUGAUAACAUGAACAUGGCUAUGAAUCCGACAUUUGAACAACAAGUAAUUGCUCAGCUGAUGGAAAGAAGUGCUGUUCCACCAAUGAACAACCAGACGAAGAUGCCUUCAGCUACCCCUCCCACACCCACCUCUCCAAGAGACCUGUCUAUGAGGGCAAUGACUAGCUCUCAGCAUGCUGAAAACGAUGUAACACAUCAACAACAACAACAGUACAGUCCUGUUUACACUGAACAACAAUCAGUUGUACGUCAAAAUCACAAUGUUCUCCAGGGACAAAGAGGAUACCAGACAAAUAUCUACCAAAGCAGUGUUUGGCCAUCAUUCAAUACACAACCUACCACUAGGUUUGCUUUUCGCAGUGGUCAGGAUGCUAUGGUAGGUUUUAAUCAGGCAACAUUUGCACAGUUACAAUCCAACACUCUUAACCCAAUGAGCAAUUUUCUUAAACAAGAAGAUGGUUUUGUUAAUCAAAGUAUGGAUGCUUAUGGCGUUACAAGGGAGAUACCUCAUCUUGGCAUGCAACAGGUUCCAAAUUUUAUCAGACAACCGAUAUUUGUUCAGAAUAAUACCAAGAUGUCUCUGGGGAAAGGAUCCCAUGAAAACAAUAAUGAAAAGUCUUCACCUAAUAUACAAUCAAUUGUUGAUGCUACACAAGGCCCUGUGAACAUGACAACAAAGAACAUAUCACCUUUGUCGGUAAACGUUUCCCUGGCUUUGGGGGAUGUAUCUCAGGAUAGUCCAUCUCUGACACGUCAGAGUCCGUCAUUACGUUACCGUCCUCCCGGUGAUCAGAUGCUAAGUGCCAUAAAUUGCAACGAGGAGCUGCUUCAAGAUGGAGGGUUAAUGCCGGAAGCCCAGGUACCGGUAUCGUUAGAAGAUUCUCUGUUACAAGGUGGCAUGGUGAUUACUACUACUGGUGGCAGGCUGAAUGACACUAAUUUGACUCUUGAUUCUAACCCUGCUAGUGUCAAUAGCAGUGCCUUUGACAUCUUUGAAAACAGUGGAGAUGUCGAAGAUCAGAACUACAUGGGGGAUGCGCUGUCACCGCAGUCACUUAGUAUGGAUACAGAACCAACCAGUACUCUACCUUCCAUGACAAGUGCGUCUAGUGAAGUGCAAGUCCGACAUAGCGCAAUUGGAGACAUACAGCAAUCCUCGUUGCAGGCAUCGAAUAGUGGCCCUGCGGAUAUUGCACCAGCGCCGAAGGCCAAGAAAGGACGGCCACGGAUUGGUCAGGGACAUCGCUAUUCUCAGGCAUGUCCAGUCUGUGGCAAGAUAUUUGGAAGCUCCAGCGCUUUGGCGAAACACAAGCUGAUUCAUAGUAGUGAGAGGCGCCACAAGUGUGUGAUCUGUGCUAAGAGCUUCAAGAGACAAGAUCAUUUGACUGGACACCUUUUAACACAUCGUACCAAGAAACCCUAUGAAUGUAUAGUCAACAAUUGUGGAAAGUCGUACUGUGACAUAAGGUCACUUCGAAGACAUUUUGAAUCGCAGCACCAUGGAUUGGUUAUGGAAGAUAACAUGCACUAUUCAGGUGACGAGAAAGACGAUGUACUUGCGCAAGCCGAAGCGGCAGCAGUUGCACAAGCCACAGCUUCACAAGAGACCCAGAAGAACAACAUCCCGUCCUCUGAGGUUAUCUCUGACUUCUUAAACACUAUGGAUACGUUAAACAGUGAACAGAUAACUCAGUCGGGUAAUGGAGAUAGUUCUAGUGCUCGACUACAGUUCUUGGCUCAAACAGCAGCUCACCAGCAUGGCCAAUCUGGUCAAUUUCCAAUUCAAGGCAGUCCGCCAAACCAGCAACUGUCGCCAACACCACAGCAAAACCAGUCCAUGAGUGUUCCAUCUUUUCUGCAACAGUCGAUCACAUCUGCAUCUGGUGUGAACACUUUAGCUGGGAUAUCAAAUUUACCGAUGUCAACAAUGCCUCUGCAAUCACGAAGCAAUGUACAAAACUUCAGGCAGCUCAAUCGUCUAGAAUUGGCGGGUGUGCCAGGUAUUAGAUCAAAGCUUUCAGGGUUCCCCAGCAGACAGAAUGAUAAAAGCCAAGAGAAAAGACAACCUGUAGAAUGUUCCAUAUGCAAGCGUAAAUUCAAAAGUAUGCCAGCAUUGAAUGGCCACAUGAGAUUGCACGGUGGUUAUAGCAACACUAGGAGAAUCAACGUUACAACAACUUCGACAACAUUACAAAGACCUGUUCCAAUAGAGACAUCUGUGGCUGCUCCCUUGCCUAAUAUUUCAACAAUUUCAGACUAUCAAACCAUUCAAACAGAUCCUAGUACUGUAACUAUAGCCAGUUUAAACCAAAGCUCUAAUCUUGGAAAUUACUUUCAACAACCCCCAGGCAUUCGUAGAACAUUAGAUACAAAUGCUUCUUAUUCGUAUCCAGGUGGGAAGCCUGCUAGUUGGACUGUUGCAAUGCCGGCACGUUUACCGCAGUUUACUUUGCCAAGGCUGCCAGCCCCUACGCUACCGCGAGUUGGUGUGGGACUUGUUUCACAAAGUGUUCCAACAUCAAAUUUGUCUGGACAAUUAAACAUGCAAGACACUCACCUUCCACUUUCUUAUAAUCAGACUUCCAUGACCUCUGCCAUUCCUGUAUCAACCAUACCAUUGAAUCUUGAGAACCUGGUGUCAGCUCCUCAGGGUCUGACUCCGAUACAGCCUAUCACGACUAUCAUGAGUGUGACACAGAACUUACAAAUCCCUGAAGCAUUAGUGAAGCAGGAGAACCUAGCAAAAAUAAAUGAUUCGGUAUUAGGGACCUCUGUCAAACGGAAACAUGAGGAAUUGGGUCCACCUGUACUUCAGGCGAUUUCACCUGUAGUACCCGUGACCACUACACAGGAACAACCUGUGGAAAAAAAGGAUGAUAUUAUAUUUCAAAAGCCAACAGAGGUAAAGAAUCCAAAGAAAAAGCCGCGGCCAUCUCCCUUGGUCAUACCACCCUGUGUAAACACAACCUCUGGAGGAUUGAUACCUGGAACUUACGCCAGUCAAAUGAGGUCUCCACGUGAUCUGGGGACAAUGUUCUAUGGCAACAAGUCAAGUACGCCACCUCCAUACACACCUCCACCAAUGUUGAGCCCAAUCCGUAGUGGUUCUGGGCUGUAUUUUAAUAAUGUUACAGUGCCAUUACCUGUACCUGUACCUGCCACCACUCCAAAAACACCGAGUAUGAUUCAACUCCACAGGCGAAGUACAGGAAGUAGCAGUGAAGAGGCAUCAGAGUUUCUGUAUUCAGAACCGCAUAUAAAUGUAGGAACUGAUUACCAAGCUGUAUUACCACCAUGUAGAAACAGAAGCUAUAUGGAUUAUGGCCCAGAUCCAAGGGAAGGAACACCAAUGUGGUUACCGCAUCUGGAAGAACAGUAUGCUGAGAAUGAGUUUAAUAGUUUUAUAGAGUUUGCAACAUCAGGUGCUAUCCCAGGUGCAGCCAGGAACUUGGAGUAUGCAUACCAUUGUCUUGCAAGAGCAAAAGGUGAUAUGGAGCUUGCCUUAUUGAUGCUGAUGUCUCAGGAUGCCAAAGUACCUCGGGGGAUGGCCGACAACUGUCAGGAUUACCGUUAUGAUUUUCCUGAAAGAUGGAGUAUACAAGAGCGUAAGGCAUUUAGAGAUGGUUACAAGUCCAAAGGAAAAGAUUUCUUUGAAAUUGGGAAAUGUGUUCCAACCAAGACUGUGAAGGAUCUUGUGGAAUAUUAUUACCGCUGGAAGAAGCUUUAUCCUUAUAAUGCUGAAAUGCAGAAGUUCUGUCACCAUAGCGAUGCCAACCCAACUGAUGAGAUGCGGCACCUUGAGUGUGAUCUGAUGCCGGGUGAAAUUUUCCUUGAUUACGUCCCUUUCAAAGAGUAUAGACCCAAUAAGUAUUAUAGAGGAGGGGGAAAUGAUAAGUCCAAUAAUCAUGUUCAACCCUCUUCCAAUAAUCAGGAUAGCAAGGUGGAUGUGGAUGGCCUGUUCAACUGUACUUAUGCAGGAUGUCCAGCUUCCUUCAAGUCAAAACAGGCCCUGAAUGGACACAUACGAGUCCACGGGGGAUCCAAUAACUCCAGAAACCCAAGAGCUUGCAAGAGGAGUCCAUCGCCAUUAUCAACGACCUCAAGUGAUGGCAGCACCGACAGUUCUUACAUAGCGCCGGAACCAGUACCAGUACAGGAACCUGUGAAAGAAGAAUUUCCAUGCAAGAUUUGUGGAAAGGUUUUUUACAAGGUGAAGAGUCGAAGUGCACACAUGAAGAGCCAUUCAACCAAAGUUAAGCAGAAUUCUCAAGCAAAGCAAAUCAAGCCAGUUGUAGUACCCGAACCUGUCUACAUACCCCCUGCUGAAAUCCACAGGAGUGAGGAUGAACAUGCAAGUCAGAGUGAAGAUGAUGAUGACGACGAUGAUGAUGAUGAUAAUGGUGGUGAUGGUGAUGAUGGUGAUGAAGAGGAAGAGGAUGAUGAUGAUGACGAUGGAUAUGAGAUAGAUGGGGGAAGUGUGAGUGAAGCUGGUAGUGUGAGUGAAACAGCAAGUGAUGAGGAUUACGUUAAUAUGUAAUAAAAUGGAAAUCCAAAUAUGGACAUAUUUUCGUCUUACUCAAGAUUUAAUCAAAGCAUUUGAAAUAAAAUUUUGAAUUUCAUUAAGGUAUCCUAAAACCAGUUUCCCAUGAAGCUAAUAUGUGGGUGUGUCUUACUACAGUUUAUUUUUUAAGAAGAUUUAACAACAAUGGAGUUUAUUAUAUUCAGUAAAAUAUUUAUAUUGAAGUAUACAGGAAGAGUUGUUUUUUUGUAUAAAUGGUUGAUGUCUGUGAAUUGUCAUGUUGAUGUAAUGAAACUCCAUGUGAUCAUGUAGAAGCGGGAAGGACACAAAGAAUAAAUAAUUAAUUUACGUCCGGUGCAAUUAUUGAUUUAUAUCCUUAAUCUGUAUUAUCAAAACAUAAUUUUGAGAUUGUUUAAAUGCUUUUGUGUAAUUAGUUUUUAUAAGCAUUUCUUAAUGUUUAAUCUGGGGUUCAUACACCUAUGACUUCCAAAAAUGUAGUCACUUGAGCUUUACACGAUGUGUGCGAGUCCCCCUACAGCUUGUGCAACGCCCUCCCCCACUGGAAAUUUUUGAAGCAAAAAAAAUUAUGCUCCCGUAGUUAAAAAUUACCACAUACUGUUUUACCUUAUUUUGCCAGCUAGUGCCCCCUCACUCAAUCAUUGAGUCCUCCCACUUUGCCUUUCUAGUGCCCCCUCACUUAAUCAUUGAGCCCUCCCACUUCGCCUUUCUAGUGCCCCCUCACUCAAUCAUUGAGCCCUCCCACUUUGCCUUUCUAGUGCCCCCUCACUCAAUAAUUGAGCCCUCCCACUUUGCCUUUGUGCUCUUUCCCCGCUAAUACUCCUACAUAUUCUGCUUGCUUUCUUCCUUGUGAUUGGUUGUAAUGUCGAACGGUGACAUUUACAUUUAUUUGACUUAAAAUUUGCACUAUGUGUUAUGAAAUGGUUGCCAUAUCCAAUAGAAUAUAAAUGUAGUGGUUAAUAUUAGAUGUGCAAUGGCAUACUAUGUUGGUGCUUAAUACUAUAGGUGAUUAGUUGUGUAUCUCAGUUUUCUGGUUGCUAUCUAAAUCUUCUGAAUUUUCAAUCUUGAUUCCUUCUUAGAAUUUCUGUACGUAUUAUUGUGUGAUCAUGUGUGUGUCCUGUUAGUCUAUCAUAUCAAUGCAACCAUAUCUUGAUUAACAGUGUGUAAAAGAAUCAAGUCAAAGAACAGAGUAUGUCUCAAGUAAUAACAAAUGCAUUGAGAUUAUUAAAAAUGAAAUAUAUAUGUACAGUAUAUGGUUUGGAUGUCUGCUGCCACCUACAGCUUGAGCAGCAUUGGUGCCCUGUCCAAUGAGGAAUUUAUACUUAGUAUUUUUGUAGGUCUUUAAAUACAUGUAAAGUUAUUGAUUCACCCAGUAGGCUUCAACUUGUGAGAUGCCAUGUCUGAGGUGUGGGGUUUAGGGCCAAAGAAUGUUUUUAAUGAGAAUAGUAUAGUAUAGUACAGUUGUAUGAUAUAUAAAAUAUUGCCUUUUUUAAUGGAAAUAGUUGGAAUGUCCAGUAAGUUUUCACUCUGUUCUUCCAGAGAUCAUGUAGUACCUUCCUUCCCCCCCCCCACACUUUUUGUACAUGGCCUGAAUUUGUACUUAGAGCAUAAAGAUUUCUUUGAUCAUUUGCAUGGAUAUAGAAUGGGACAGGGUGGAGAAAAGGAAUAUAAGGAACAUCUAGAAACCAAGAGUUAAUAAGAACAAGGAUUUUGUAUGGGAAAUAUUAUAAAUCAACCUAGAGAUACUUUUCCAUAGAAGAACAUGUGAUGGUGGAAUUUGCAUGUACACUUAAUAAUAUAAUGACAAUGAGAGAUAAUACAGCCAAAAUCAAAUAAUGACAUAUGAUGUCAAGUCAGUGACGGCACGUCACAUAACAUGUGCUGUACUUAACAUCUUCUGGUAAGAUGUCCAAUUUAGAAAGAGGAUAAAAAGUGGUUAAUACCUUGGAAGAAAGAGAUGUAUUUUUGUAAGAUUUUUUUUUAAAUAGAGCAACUUGGCAAAAGAAUGAGACGGUGUGCAAUUGAUAAUUUAGUUCUUUCAUCGUGAGACAAUGGACUUAUUAUUGAUUCUUAAGAAUUAUUGAGAAGAAAAUGUUUGAUUGUGAUAGAUUUGUUUGUACCUGAAGGACUGAUUAAUUUUGCCAACUUGUUGAUAAUUACCACAUAGUCAGAUCUGGAAUGAAAUUUAAAAACAUAUUUUCCAAAUGUAGUUAGAGUAACAACACCUCACAAACGCAAAAUUGUCUUUGCAAUUUUUUAAAGACUUGCCAAAUAACUUCAUAGAAACAAGAUGAUUUAUGUGGCAAAAUGUCCCUGUAGUAUAGGCCUAUGGCUUUUUUUUAUAUACAGUAGGAAUACUCUAUGUUCCUGUAAAUAUAUGUACAGUCAAGAAAUAAUCAUAUUGUAAAUAAUUUUUAGAAAAGUGGCAUGUUUCCGAGCAUGUACAUUACAGGUUGCAUUAUAAUAGUCAAAGUAUUUUAAUGAAUUCAGAAACAAUAAUCUAAUGGUGGAGAAAAGUGUAUUUACUAAACAAUAAUGACAACCUUUUUGUUGCUAAUGAAUUUUCUUUGGAAUGUUGGUUUACACAAUAAUGAUCUGGACCAAAUAUAAAUACAGAUGCAUGAUGGGAAAUUAAAUAAAUCCCAUUUGUUAACAUUAUAUUAUUGUGAUUACAAAUAGUUUAUUAUUUUUCUGGUUACAAUACUUAUCAAUUAUUUUGUUAUUUUUUUUUAUCGAUUUUGAAAUCAAAUAUGUAUAAAUGUUAUUUGUUUGGUGUUGAUACAUCAUGAAAGCAAUGUUCUUGAUGUUAAAAACGGUUGUAAAGGAUUGUUCAUUUUGCUAUUUGAUUUUUUUUUUCACUUAGGAGCACAUUCAAUCCAGACUCAAUCUGUCUUAAUGCAUAUUUUAUUUUUUCUAAGUAAAUGAUCUUGUUUAAUUGAGAUUACUUUUGAUUUAUGGCUUACAUUUAUUAAAUGAAACAAAUGUUGAAGAUGA